UGGGACCUAACUAAACAUUUUCAACUUUACCCAAAAAAGUUCGACCUUUUAUGAAUGUUAAGCUCACGCAGUUCUAUGCAAAGCUAACUUUGGAGAAAACACAGAAAGAAGAAUGUGUGGAGUGAAAGGUAUUGUGCUGAACGCUUCAAUUUUGUUGGAAUCCUGCAAUGAUGAAAAUGGGAAUCCCUCUCUUAGGCCUGGUGCUGUUUAUGUUCUUCGCAAGCUUCGAUACUCCAACAUCUUCACUGGUAUAUCCUAUGGACCUGAUCUUUCUGCUCCUAAGGUGCGCCUCCUCCAAGAAAACGCAAGACUAUAUUCCUACAAUUGUUUUGUCUUCAGGCCAUCAGCCAUAGACAACUUUGUAAGUGAGGUUUCCUUGGAAUGGGGCGACAAUAUUGGAAGUUAUAUGCAUGUUGUUUCCAGUUACAAAGACGAGGAGAUUUCCCAAAUGAUAAGUUCUGGCUGGCUGAUCACUGUUAUACGAUCUCCUGAAAAAGCAUCAGAUGUUGAAUAUAGUCCUGGAACUGAAAAUUCAAGCAAGAUUUUCAUUAACAAGCUUGAAGAACUGCCUCUGACUAUCUGCCAUUUGAAUAAAGAGGCAAUGGGCAAGGAAGUCAAGACGGUUGGUUACCUGAUGAAGCCUUCUCGUGAAGAAGAUUUUGCCAAGAGAGGUGCAUUCCCCUUAAAUCCUACACCAAACGGAUUAAUUUUUGUGGCCCUUAAUUACGAGCUCCCUAUAUCAUGGCAGUUACAAGAAAUUGACGGCGUUCUACAUAAAGCAACUGAUGACAUCAUUACUGUUGAAAUGAGCAGCUCUUCAGAUUUUGAAAACAAAGUUACUUAUACAGAGGGCAUGCAAGAGUUACAAAGGUACAUCGGAUGCCAUCCUGAUUGUCGUGUGAUUGACCCAUUCAGCAACAUAUAUCCUGUUCUUGAUCGGUUGAAAAUACAGCAGAUUCUAGGUGAUUUGGAAAAUCUUAACAGCAAAAGCUGCAGUAAAAUCAGAGGUCCCCAUUUUCUAAAGGUUGUUGAUUUUCGUGAGCCCAAGUUGGAAGACAAGCUAGCCGAUGCAAAACUGUCGCUUCCGAACAUUGUAAAACCCCAAGUUGCUUGUGGAGUUGCUGAUGCUCACAGCAUGGCCAUUGUCUUUAAGACAGAUAGCUACAAAUAUCUCAAUGUCCCUCUUCCAGCUAUUGUGCAGGAAUAUGUGGAUCAUUCAUCCACUAUGUUCAAGUUUUACGUUGUUGGGAAGAAGGUUUUCUUCGCAAUUAAGAAGUCUACACCUAAUGCAGAUACCUUGAUAAAGUUAGCUGAAGAAAAAGAGUUGAAGCCAUUACUCUUUGAUAGCUUAAAAUCUCUACCUGUUGACGAGCAAAAAAGCCAAAAUGAAGAUAAUAAACAGAUUGAUCAUGAGCUAGUCACUGAUGCUGCAAAUUGGUUGAGAAGGGUGCUUGACCUUACUAUUUUUGGCUUUGAUGUUGUGAUCCAGGAAGGCACUGGUGACCAUGUCAUUGUUGAUGUAAAUUACCUUCCAUCAUUUAAGGAAGUUCCUGAUGACGUUGCAAUACCAACAUUCUGGGAAGCCAUAAAGGAGAAGCUGACUGGAAAACAAAGCACAGAAGCAGCAAUAUUGUUGUAAUAUUCACCUAUAUUCAUCUUAGUAGCAAAACUAACUAAUAAAAAGGUUAUAUCCAACAGAUACUGACUACCCUUUUUCUCUUUUGCUAUUUGUGGUAUCAACUGUAACUUAUUCUGUAUAUUCGAAAUCAUAUUUCAUUCUGUUCAGUUUAA